CAAACAUGCUUCGCCAGAUCCUCGGUCAGGCCAAGAAGCAUCCGAGCUUGAUUCCCCUCUUCGUAUUUAUUGGAGCCGGAGGUACCAGAGCAGCACUGCGUGUCUUGUGUCUGGUAUUGUUCAAUCCAGAUGUUAGCUGGGACAGAAAGAAUAACCCAGAACCCUGGAACAAACUGGGUCCCACUGAUCAAUACAAGUUCUCCUCAGUGAAUAUGGAUUAUAGCAAGCUGAAGAAAGAAGGUCCAGACUUCUAAACCAAAUGUUUCAUAAUAAAGCGCUUGGAAUGAAGGUCUUCCAGAAGCCAUUCGCACAAUUUUCCACUUAACCAGGAAAUAAUUUUCCUCUAAAUGCAUGAAAUC